GAUACAGGAUAUAUAAGCACCUGCAGCCAAGUCAUAUAAUACCAUGUUAUUGUUCAACAUAAGACCACUUUCUGAAACAAUUAGACACAUCUCAGCCAGAACUAAAAAUUACUUUUGACCAGGUUUUUGGAGCCUUUUUGAGCUAAGAAUACCAGAGUGGGCUUUUUGCAGCCUUGUUGAACUGAGAAUUCUAGACUGUGCUUUUUUGCAGCCUUGUUGAACUGAACUUGGAGUGCUGCAGAAUUAACAGAACUUUGUAUCAGAGUCAUUUUGCUACUGAACUCAAGCAACUAUAAGACCUGCCAAACGAUUUCAGAUGGAGAACCCAGCAUUUGAGAAGUCUAAAGAUGAUCCUCCACUCUACGAAGAAACACCAUUCUCUAGUAAUGGUUAUGGUAACGGAGAUCACCGGUCAGUCAGGCCAUCAGUUGUUAGUGCGUUUGGCCAUGACACACUAGACCGUGUACCAAAUAUCGACUUCUACCGUAAUGCAGGGAGUGUGAGUGGGCAUCGUGCUAUCAGACCCUCACUGCAGGAGCUACAUGAGGUCUUUGAGAAGAAUGGAGAUUUGGAUGUUCAUGAUACAAUGGAUGAUGGGGAGGGAAGCGAUGUCUUGCCGAAUGAUGAUCUUGAGGCCAUCGCUUCUCCAGAGGACAAUGGAGGGGUCGUUAAAUUUGGCUGGAUUAAAGGAGUUCUGGUGAGGUGUAUGUUGAACAUCUGGGGCGUGAUGCUCUUUAUUCGUCUGUCUUGGGUCUUUGGGCAGGCAGGAUCAGGACUUGGAAUUAUUAUUAUUAUUCUAAGUAUGGUGGUGACCACUCUCACCUGUCUGUCUAUGUCGGCUAUCUGCACAAAUGGUGUAGUCCGAGGAGGAGGGGCAUACUAUCUAAUCUCCCGUAGUUUGGGGCCUGAGUUUGGAGGUUCGAUUGGUCUGAUCUUUGCUUUUGCCAAUGCCGUGGCUGUAGCCAUGUAUGUCGUAGGAUUUUCUGAGACUGUGGUGGAUCUUCUCAAGGUAAAUGAUGCCAUCAUGGUAGACGAAGUGAAUGAUAUCAGGAUUGUCGGCUGCAUAACUGUGGUGCUCCUGCUUGGGAUCUCGGUGGCUGGAAUGGAGUGGGAGGCCAAAGCUCAGAUUGCACUGCUAGUGAUUCUCUUGCUGGCCAUAGCAAAUGUAUUUGUGGGCACAGCAAUCCCUGCCACUGAAGAAAAGCGUGCCAAAGGCUUCUAUAGUUACCAAGCAUCGAUAAUGGCAGAAAACUUCACCCCAAACUUUCGAGAUGGAGAGACAUUUUUCUCUGUCUUUGCCAUCUUCUUCCCUGCAGCAACAGGCAUCUUGGCAGGAGCCAACAUCUCUGGAGACCUAAAGGACCCUCAAGGGGCUAUUCCCAUUGGCACCUUGCUGGCCAUAUUUAUUACAGGAAUUACCUACCUUGGAAUCGCUCUAUGUGUCAGUGCUACUGUUGUCCGUGAUGCAACUGGGAACUUGAAUGACACCAUCACUCCAGGGGCCAAGUGUAACUUCUCAGUCGCAUGCAAUUUUGGCUAUGACUUCUCCAUUUGCAGAACUACCAAAUGCCAGUAUGGCCUCAUGAACAACUUUCAGGUUAUGACUAUGGUAUCUGGGUUCGGACCCCUCAUCACAGCAGGAACAUUUUCUGCAACAAUCUCCUCAGCCCUUGCUUCUCUUGUCAGUGCUCCUAAAGUCUUCCAGGCUCUGUGUAAGGACAAUAUCUACAAGGCCCUUCACUUUUUUGCCAAGGGCCAUGGCAAAAAUAAUGAGCCCAUCCGUGGUUAUGUGCUCACCUUCGUCAUUGCUGUGGCCUUCAUCCUCAUUGCUGAGCUGAACAUCAUUGCUCCCAUUAUCUCCAACUUCUUUCUGGCCUCAUAUGCCCUCAUCAACUUCUCUUGCUUUCAUGCUUCAUAUGCUAAGUCCCCAGGUUGGAGGCCAGCAUAUAAAUACUACAACAUGUGGCUGUCUUUGUUUGGGGCUGUGCUGUGCUGUGCUGUUAUGUUCGUUAUUAACUGGUGGGCUGCACUUCUCACAUAUGCUAUAGAGAUGUUCCUAUACAUCUAUGUUACCGUUAAGAAGCCAGAUGUGAACUGGGGUUCAUCAACACAGGCUGUGACCUUUGUGAAUGCUGUGAACAAUGCUCUAACUUUAUCAGGAGUGGAUGAUCACGUCAAAAACUUCAGGCCUCAGUGCAUUGUAUUGACUGGUACUCCUAAAACACGACCAGCCCUGCUGGAUUUGGCUCACUCCAUCACUAAGAACUAUGGCCUCUGCAUCACAUGCGAUGUAUUUGUGGGUCCCCGCCUAGAGCAGCAGCAAGCACUCACUGCUGCCAUGGAGCAGAAUCAAAUGUGGUUGAAUCAGCAGAAGAGGAAAGCGUUCUAUGCUGCCGUAGCUUCCGACAACUUCCGUGAGGGUGCAGAGAGCCUUCUGCAGGCUUCAGGUCUGGGCCGACUCCGACCCAACACGGUGAUACUGGGGUUUAAGAGAGACUGGAAGACUGUUUACACAGCGAAUGUGCAGGAAUACGUAGGCGUGCUGCAUGAUGCUUUUGAUUUUGAGUAUGGUAUAGUGAUGCUGAGGAUCAGUCAGGGACUAGACAUCUCUCACAUCCUCGAAGCAGAAGAGGAGAUGGAGAGGAUGCUUGUGGAGCAGCAGGCAUUGGAGAACGAGAUAGAGGAAAAUGGCUUCCAGGAGGGAAGAAAAUACUUUUUUAAAAGAUCCAGAAAAUUAUCACAAAAAACACACGCCACUAAAGUCACCAUGGAAGUGCCUCACUCUUCUGAUGUGGCUAAGAUUAACCAACGCUUGGUGGAGGCCAGCUCACAGUUUAAGAGGAAGCAGGGCAAAGGCACCAUCGAUGUGUGGUGGCUGUACGACGAUGGAGGUUUGACUCUGCUCCUGCCAUACAUUCUGACCACAAGAAAGAAGUGGAGGGAGUGUAAACUGCGUAUAUUUAUAGCAGGGCAGCCUGGCCACUUAGAACAGGACAAAGAGGAAAUGCAGUCUCUGCUGAAGAAAUUCAGAAUAAAAUGUACUGACAUCACUGUCAUUGCAGACUUCAACAUUCGACCAUCGUCAGAAAACUGGAAGCUGUUUGAGGACAUGAUUGAGCCAUACCGUCUGCAUGAGGGUUCCAAGGACACAGCACAAGCAGAGGCUCUAAGGAAAGAGCACCCCUGGAAGAUCACAGAUGCGGAACUGGAUCGUUUUGAGGACAAGACGAGCCUCCAGUUACGACUGAAUGAGCUGCUGCAGGAGAGUUCUAGAGCAGCUAAACUCAUCAUAGUGAGUAUGCCAAUUGCCCGGAAGGGCUCUGUUUCAGACCACCUGUAUAUGGCCUGGCUGGAGGCCCUCACCAAAAAUGUCCCUCCCACUCUGCUGGUCCGUGGGAACCACAAGAGUGUGCUGACCUUCUACUCCUAAUCCUGCUCUGGCGCUAUACUCAUCCACACACAACAAAUUGACACUAACCAAUCUAAACCUGAGAACACAGUGUGUAAUGUUCAUUGAUAACGGUCUGCUACCUAAUCCCAGUAAGACUGUUACUUCAUCUGGAUUAUAUAAAAUGUAAGACUUGGCAAGGGCACUGUCACAUAAAUUAUGUAGAAUAUGGGGGAAUCUGGGGAGAAAGCCAUUUAAAAGCAAAGGAAUUAUAGAGUGACUCAUAUUUGGUAUUAUAUGCUUUUUGAAAAAUAAUGUUAACUGCAUGUAUCUGAAGUGCUCAAUUUGUCAUCAGAUCUGUCAACACAAUGUAGCUAGUAAAAUACAGUUGAAUCAUAACAUUCAUUCCAUGGAGUUCUAAAGUUCCAAGAUCAUUAUUUCUCAUUUCAUUAAUUCA